AAUUGCACGUCAGCUGUAUUCGUAAUGUAAAGUUCUGCAUUUCGAUUCCGUAUUAGCGUGUUAGCUCGUCGAAGGCCGUGCGAUUCGCCUCGUUAUAAGGCGUAGGUAGAGUAGGUGUUCUGUGGCGUAGAGCUAUUACAAAGCAAUGAACCUCGUCGAGUUCGAAGACGUGCUUCAGGGCGAGCUGGGACGAUACGUCAAGAUCGUUGGAUGUGUGGUGGGAUUUGAUGAUUACCAAUUCGAGGCCACUGUUGAAGAUUCCCGGCGAAACAGACUUCCAGUGCGCCUGCCCCCCAUAGAAACGAGCGUGAACCUUCAUAAAUUCCAGAUGUGCAUGUUCAAUGGCAUAACAGUGCGGAGAUAUGAAGGUGAAAAAGACGAGCGCUGUCUGCAAGUGCUCAACUUCACUCACAUUGACCACAGGCUCAACCUGAAAGAGUUUGAUGAGGUGCAGAGGCUCAGGAGAGAAGUGCUGGCCGAGUGUGUCGCCGUGAACUCCAAGGUCGCCAACAAAUUGUUUGCCGAUCUUUGUGACAAAGUUGACUUCAUGGUUGAGGAUUGGGACGAGUGUGUAGAAGUGGCCGUCCAGCACGCCGACAGGGACAAACCGCUUCCCGUAGACGAGGACCACGUUUCUUUGGAGGAGUUUGUCUACGAACAGUGCGACGAGCCUCGCCUGAACUGCCUCAGGCCCCUUCCCUUCAGGUAUGACGAUCUGGUGAGACAAGUGUUCAAGGCUGUUGGGGAGUACCGGUACACCUCGCUGUCGUUCAAGAGGUUUCUUGAAAGGUUUUGAACGGCUUGCGCCCUGACGCAGAAGUGUGUGUCGGCCUGAAAAUAUUUGUCUCUCGAGCAGCUGAUAUUGUUAGGAUGAUGACCACCGAUAUUUCAUCUUGAUGCUUAUCGUUUAGUUUUUGCUACCAUGUUUUUCCAGUUAAUUUUCUGUUCUCCAUUAACAAAUAGUUUACCAGUCAAUGGUACCUAGAUGGAAAAGCUUGAUUUACAGCUGGAUAAAUUAGCCCGUAAUCUUUCCAGAUGAAAAGACUUACAUUUAGACUAAUUACUUUGAAGUGGAUGCAUAUCUGAUUAAAACUUUGUCAGUUCCCAGCGGUAAUUUGGCCAUAGUCCAGCUGGAUACUCAUCCACUGCAAUAGGAGUUGUAAAGUGUACAGCUGUAAUAUUUAACCUGUAGUCUCUCCAGCUGGCGAAAAAAUUCAGUAAUUCAGCGGGAACGGAGCUUUUUACCUGGAAGGUUGUCGGGUUUAUCUGUAAUGAUUUAAAAGUUUGCCUCACAUGCUAUACGGACUAAAUAUGGUAUUUAACAACUGUUUUUCUUGCCAUGCCACAGGAAAUAAACUUGCAUUGUGGACUUGGAGCUAUGAAGUCGUACACUUGUCAUUGAUCAAAUCUCUCAAAAAAGAAUGUGCACUCAUUUGCUGAAAUUGGUUCUUACGAUUGUGCUUAUUGAAGCGAUAACGACGCUAGUUUGACAUGAUGUGUCACAAGAACCAGGAUGAUAGACAUCUGUUUCAAACGCGUUUGUAUGUAAUUUUUACUUAUUAUGUUAUUAUUUCCACACUUGCUUAUCUUUCGCAUGAAAAUAUAAAAUUUACCUACUAGUUCUGUUCAACGGUAGCCAUUGGUAAAUAAUGGAAGCAGUAUCGGCAUUCAUUACUGUUGCAUAGCAGCCAUUGAAAAACAAAAUUAAUAUUUCUUCCUUCACAUUUCCUGGCUGCUUUUUUUUGCUAAUUAUUAUAAAUAGCAAGCUUAUUAAUUGCAGUGUUUUGUAAUGUAAAUGUUUCUGGGGUCACAAUUAAUUUUUUUUUAGAAUGCACAUGUGUCAGUGGAUGCUUGUUCUGAUGCAUGUAUACUCUUAUAAUCAUUUUCUCUGUGUUGUUCAAAUAAUGAAGCGUAUUUUCUGACUGCUGUGGGCUUGAAUUAUAUAAGGUAUAUAAUUUGCUGAUAUAGCCCUUUAAUAAUUAACAUCUAAUUGAGUUCAUUAUUAAUUCUCCCCAUUUUUCAAUUGUGUGUAUGGUAGUGCCAGGUAAAUUUCAGAUACAUUUAUUUAAUUGAACAAUUGUCAUCAAUUGUGCUGCUAUCUACAAAUUGAUGUAUAAUACAUGUGUAUGUAUGUAAGAAGCUGGAAUUGUUUUUUUUAAAUAAAGUAUAAAAUGUUUUUA